GAUACUUGUAGAUAAUAUUGUCUUUGAUUGACAAUCAUCUAAUCUCAAGAACCCUGUGAACAUGUUGGUUGUGGAUAAUGUCGAUGGAAGACAUUUUGAUUCCACACAUCACUGUCAAUCUCUCCACACAAUAGAUGCCGAAACGUUAGCAAUCCCAAAUUUAAUACGUUCAAAGAAAUCAUUCAUCAUGUUGAUAGUGUUGAUUCUUUCGUUUAUGUUAGUCGAUGAUGCUUCAGCAUUGAGCAGGUUUAAUUUUUUUGAAUUUGAUUCGCAGUAUACAAAUACGUUAACUACUAAUGCAACUGAAAAUAUCGGCGAUGACAAUAAUGUGUCGAUUCAUUCAUCAGAGGAUUUUAGAUUACCACAUACAUUGUUUCCACAUUCCUACGAUUUGUCAAUUCAAGUCCAUUUGCACGAUAACAAGUCGCAAGCAUUUUUCUUCAAUGGAUCUGUGACAAUAAAAGUUUUCUGUAAUGUGUCGACAACCGAGUUCUUCGUACAUGCAGCCGAUAAUCUGAAUGUGAGCUUGGAUCAAAUCCAUAUGUCUCUUCUUGAUGAGCGAAAUCAAACAAAAUCUGUUAUUGAAAUAAUACGCGUUAAUUAUAUUGAAGAUGAUGAGUGUUAUCAAAUUAAACUCAAAACGCCUUUGCAACCAUAUACUUAUUACAACCUGACAUUUGGACAGUUUCGUUCUGAUAUGGACUAUGAUUCUGAUGGACUGUAUAUUAGCAGAUAUUUGGAGAAUGGGAUUUACAAAUAUUUGGCAAGUACUUACAUGGAGUCAAUUUAUGCAAGGAAUGUAUUUCCAUGUUGGGAUGAGCCGGAAUUUAAAGCAAAUUUCAAGGUCAAUAUUGUACGCGACGAAAAUUUCCAUUCGCUUUCAAACAUGAAUUUGGAAAGUACGGAAGUGUUGUACGAUAAUUGGCGUGUCGACAGGUAUAACACCAGUGUGAAAAUGUCCACAUAUCUGUUGGCAUUUGUAGUUUCACAGUUUUCGAAUAUUCAGAGGACAGACAAUAGAGGACGAAACUUCACUGUUUGGGCAAGACCGGAUAAAAUUCGAUCAGCUGAAUAUGCACUUGAUAUUGGCAUAAAAUUAUUGGGAUACUUUGAAGAUUAUUUUGGCAUUCCCUAUUCACUUCCUAAAAUGGAUAUGGUUGCGAUUCCUAAGACUUCAAUGAUGGCAAUGGAAAACUGGGGUUUGAUAACUUAUGAUGAAAAUUUAAUGUUAUGGGACGCAGAAAACGGUUCAAUAAAUACUUUAAUUGAUGUGACGUUUUCUGUCUCACAUAAACUUGCUCAUCAGUGGUUAGGAAACUUAGUGACAAUGAAAUGGUGGGAUAACUUGUGGUUGAACGAAGGCUUCGCAACAUUUUUCGAAUACAUCGGAGUACAGUUACUACAUCCUGAGUGGAAAGUAGAUGAACUAUUCAUACUGGAUGAAUUGAUGCUUGCACUUGAUAUUGAUACUAUGAUGUUAUCAAGACCAGUCAUUUAUCCGGCUAAUACUGCAAUACGAAUUAUAACCAUGUUUGAUUUAAUCACCUAUGAUAAGGGUGCCUCUUUGGUUUGGAUGAUGGAGAAAUUCAUGGGCCGUAGUGCGUUUCAAAACGGUUUAAAAAGAUAUUUAAUUCAAAACCAAUAUAAGAACACAGAUGAAAAGGAUUUAUGGAGGGCAUUAUCUGAAGAAUGGGAUACUCAAGUAAAUCAUUUGGACAUUGGAUUUAUUAUGGAUUCUUGGACUAAACAAAGGAAUUAUCCACUAGUGAUUGUAAAGAGAAAUGGGUCGAAUGUGUUCAGUUUUGAGCAGAUACGUUACUUUCAACCCUAUGGUAACAAGUCAUCUCAAACAAAUCGAGAAUACUCCUGGAGAAUACCAAUCACUUAUGGGUCAGAACAAACGGUGAACUGGACAAAUAUCGAUAUUGUGUGGAUGGUGAAAAACAAAAUGAAUCAAACAAUGAACAUAAGCCCAGACGACUGGUAUUUGGUGAAUGUAAACCAAGGCGGAUUUUAUCGUGUUCACUACGCUGACAAUAACUGGAUCUUAUUAAUCAAUCAAUUGCAAAGGAAUUUCACGGCUAUUCCAGUCUUUUCACGUGCACAAAUAUUGAAUGAUUUAUUCAGUCUUGCAAAUCAACAUAUCGUACCGUAUACUCUUUUCUUGGACGCGACAAAAUACCUAAUCCGCGAAGAUGAGUUUAUCGUAUGGAUAACAGCUAGUCGAGCGCUGCUUUACAUUAAUAACGUGCUUGCUCUGAAUGAGAAUUAUGAAGAUUUCCAAGCAUACUUGCGAACUCUUAUCGAUAACCGAAUUCGAUCAGCGAAUUGGUCAUUUGUUGGUAAAGGUCAAGAUCUUCCAAAGAUACGUUUAGACUAUAAUGUGAUCAAACUCGCUUGUAUAGCUGAACAUCAACUUUGUGUGAACAAAACUACGGAUCUCUUCAGACAAUGGAUGUCGAAACUCGAAACGAACCCCAUACGACCUGAUAUGAGAGACAUUACUUAUUGUACAGCUAUUCGUCAUGGUGGUCAAGAAGAAUGGACAUUUUUAGAACGUCAGCUGAUAUUGAAUGAAACUGUGAAUGAGAUUGAGAAUGCAAACAAUAUGCUGGCUUUAACCUGUUCUCGUGAUAAAGAAAUUAUGAUAAGGUAACUUAUUCUGUUACGUUGAAUAUUUCACUGUCACAUCUGUUAAUGAAAACGGUAACCCGACUAGAUGUUUGGAAUCCCCAUCCCUAUCAGCUAAUGAAUAUGGUCACAGAAUCUAAAUGCGUUUGUUAUGAUCGAAGAUUUCUCAAAAUUUGCAUGAUAUUUUUGGAAAGUAUGUGUGACAAUGACUAUGAUUGAAUAAUUAGAAAGAUAUGUGUUUUUAUAUGAAUAUUUACCCAACUCACCCUCAAAUGUAAUAGAACAUGGGACAUGUUCUUAAUUUAUGGUUGAAAGUUCUUUAAACUAUAUCACUCACAUUUUUGGACCGAGUCUAUCAUGUACCAUCGAGUGAACACGACAAAUUUGAACAACUGAUUCAAACCUUAGUGGUUUACAUUGUUGACUUCAGUUAAUUCGCUUUCAUAUCAUAAUCGACUUAAAUUUAACUCCAUGUGGAUAUACUGAGAUCAGUAGAAUUUCACAUGUGGAUCAACAGUUACCUCAUGAUUAUCAUCAAGAUAUGUCACUCAAAACGUGUCAGUGAACACUGAAGUUUAAAGUCAACUAGAACCCAUCGAUUAAUACUGAACAAAUAUUUCUCAAUUCAACGAUAACGUUCACUGACAAACAAAACCGACAUCAAUGGGACUACCGAUAUCAAGACUUAUUACAAAGUGGUGAUGUAACAACUGAAAGCUUCAUAUUUAUCAGUAAUCACACUGAGAAUGUCGAUUCGUUAUUUGCACGACACAUUCGUCAUCAUCAAGAACAUGGAGUUUAAAAUACGACAUCCUCGAAGGGAUAGAAUUCACAAUGAAAAGAGAAGGAAUCGUCGUCAAGACCAGUCAUCAUAGCUACAAAUCUCAUCGGCCAUACCUUAGUCCUGGCCCCCAUAUCCUUUUAUUCUACAGAUGUAAAUGUUCAUAUGAUUAAAUUAGCACACCACACCUACUCAGCUAAUUAUUUCCUUCAUCUUUUCAUCAGGUACUUAGAGCGGGUAAGAGAGAACGAGAACUUGUGGUUCACGCUUGACUAUUUCGCGAAGUCUCCAGUUGGUAAUCAAAUUUUAUGGGACCACCUGAGUGAUGUAAAUAAUUUUAUUAAACAUAAGUGAGUUUAAAUUUCUAUUGACAGUGAGGAACUGAUGUCAUAUUAAUGUCAUGAGGUUGGUGGUGCUUGUUGACUUCAGACGUUCGCGAUUUGCUUGUGAAGUCGAAUGGUAUACAUUAUAUGUAGGGGAUUGAUUGAAUACGAAUACCUUGAAAUGUCAGUUUGCAAUAAAGGAGAUUUUGUAGACCUAUUUCAUUCAUGCUUUCGCAUAUGAAAAAUUCUAUCAAAUAUAUCAACAUUUUGAUGAACAUAGUAAUUUAUCUCAUACAAAUUUUCCAGCAAAUGUAAUUUUAAUCUGAUUAACAUAUCAAUAAACAGUUAGUACAAGGACUAUUAUAUUACCUUAAAUAACUCAUAUUUGUGCUAUUUAGGUUUUGGAUGUUUUAGUUCUCGAUUUUUAAGCUCAGUAGAAUGCAACUGUCUUGACGUUCGUAUUGAAGAUUCUGAAUUUGAUGUUGGUUUUAUCUGAUGACCACCCUGAUUUGUUCGAUGGUUGGUGGAGUGACAUCUGGGUCUGGCCUAAUUAAUAGUUACUCAAAUUGUUCUGCUCAUCUAAUUCUCUGUUCUUCAACCUCGGUGAAUUUCUCGCCUUUUUGUGCCUGACUGGUCUCUCUGCCUUCGUACAUUUUCUUGCCACCAUCGUCGAGUCAUGUGCCUGUUUUUCGUUUCCUUUCAGGCAAAUUUAAUUUGGUGUAUGCAUUUGUGUGAGAAUAUUGUGCCGCUAUAACCGAUUUGUUGAAUGCACAUGGACGUGCAAAUCUCUCAUUAUUUGUGUUCAUUCGUCUUAGUCCAUGUCUUCCCACUAUAUCUUCGUACCCGUUGUUAUGCACUCCGACUUUCGUGUUUAGAUCACUUGUCAGUAUGAUCAGGUCCUUUCCUGAGCACUUAGUCAUGAUUGAUUGCAGCCUCCUGUAGGACUAAUCUUCAGUCGGUGUGUGCACAACACAGGAUAAAAUUGAUUGUACUUCUCACCUUCUUUGUUUCGAAUAAUGCUUUGAUUUUCUUGGUCUAUAAAAUUGCCUCCCCAUUGGUGUGCUUCUUUGACAGCAUCAGAGCAACUCCCUGAGUGUGCGGAGCAUUUUCCUCUUCAUUAGUUCAAUAUGAGUAUUGUCUUGUUGGCACUACCAAGUACUCAGUCAUUCGUCUAUGGAUAUACUUGAUGGAAAAUAACCAUACUAAUUUUGUAUUUCGCUCUCUAAUUUUGUUUCACAGAGACUUCACGGAAUCCAUACUAAACGCACUAGCUAAAUAUCCUUACUCAUUGUUUAGUGGAAGGAAUUAUGAAAAGAUCCUCCUAACAGAAGCUAAUAAUCAAAUAGACCCAGAACUUCGAGAAAAGGUCAUAUAUUUAUUUGAGAUAUCCAGUGAAAAACCGAAGUGGACUGAAGUAUAUUCUGCCAUUAUUCAGUGGUUGAAAGAAAAUGUCCCAAUUGUUACCCAUUCAGUAUAGAUCAGUAGCGUUGAUGAAGAUCAACCGAUUGUUCAAGCAUAAACGAUACGAGAUAAUUCUUUCGACUUCCGUCAUUGUUAGCAUUAGUAUCUUUUUAUUCUAUCAAGCCUUAGAACAUCUAUAUGUUACUCCAUAUUCACACCAGCACUUUGAAUGAUUGCUUGUAGUAACUCGUAGUAACGUUUACUGUAUAUUUGUAUUCAUUCAUACAACACUGACGUUAUAAUAGUUUUGUUGUGGGUUUUGAUUCAAAAUAUUCAAUAUACAGAGUGUCAAAUAAAAUACGUUGAGUAUG